GAAACAUGCUCCUUUGCGUGUCCCCUGCUUGGCUGACGAAGGUGCCAGCGCCCGGGCAGCCGGGUGAGGCGGCCCUGCUGGUCUCCAAGGCCGUGAGCUUCCACCCGGGGGGCCUGACAUUCCUGGACCACUUUGUGCCCCCACGCCGGGCCACCUACUUUCUGGCAGACCUGGGGCCAGGGCCUGGCUGGAGUCGAGAGGCAGCAGAACUGGCCCGUGACCUGGCCUGCCCCACGGGCACUUCGGCCGAGAUGGCCCGGCUGCUGGAGGACCGGCUGCUGACCAGGCAGUUGCUGGUCCGGCAGGGGGGUGUGGCCGUGCCAGCUACCCUGGCCUUUACCUACAAGCCGCUGGGGUUGCUGUGGGGUGGGGAGGCCAGCCCAGGACUGCGGCUGGUGGAGCUGAGCGGCAAAGAGGGCCAGGAGGCCCUGGUGAAGGAGGAAGUGGGGGCCUUUCUGCACUCGGAGGCCCUGGGGGACGCCCUGCAGGUGGCCGUGAAGCUCAGUGGCUGGCGCUGGCGGGGGCGGCAGGCAUUGCGUCUGCACCCAAGGGCAGAGCUGGGUGCGGUGGUGGACACGGUGCUGGUGUUGCUGGAGAAGCUGGAGGAGGAGGAGAGUGUCCUGGUGGAGGCUGUGUGCCCACCUGCCCGGCCGCCCAACCUAGGCAACCCCCUGCCGGGCCCCGAGCUGGCUGUUCGCAUCUGUGCGGUGGUGUGUUGCACACAGGGUGACAGACCCCUGCUGAGCAAGGUGGUGUGCGCCGUGGGCCGCGGAGACCAGCCGCUGCGGCACCAUAGCUCCCUGCCGCGGACGCUGGAGGUGGCGCUGGCCCAGUGCGGCCUGGGCGAGGUGGCACAGGUGGAGGCCGUGCGGCAGCGCGUCAAGGUGGCGGCCGAGGCCGCGCUGGCCGCUGUGCUGGCCCUGGAGGCCGGCCUGAGCACCGAGCAACGCGGCGGGCGCCAGGUCCACACCGAUGUGCUGGGCGUGGACUUCGCGCUGACAGUGACCGGCCGCACGCUGACUCCCGUGGCCCUGGAGCUGAACAGCGGCCUCUGCCUGGAGGCGUGCGGCGCACUCGAGGGGCUGUGGGCCGCACCACGCAUGGGGCCGGCGGCUGAGGCGGCGGCGGCGGCGCCGCUGGUGGAAACCAUGCUCAGGCGCUCGGCACGCAGCCUCAUGAAGGGCAAGCAGCUGCUGCUGGUCGGCGCAGGCGGAGUCAGCAAGAAGUUCGUGUGGGACGCGGCGCGCGACUACGGGCUCAAGCUGCACCUGGUGGAGUCGGACCCCAACCACUUCGCCUCCCAGCUGGUGCACACCUUCAUCCACUUCGAUAUGACAGAGCACCGCAGGGAUGAGGAGAACGCGCGACUGCUAGCGGAGCUGGUGCGGGCGCGUGGCCUGCAACUCGAUGGCUGCUUCUCCUACUGGGACGACUGCCUGGUGCUCACAGCCCUGCUCUGCCAGGAGCUGGGCUUGCCCUGCAGCCCGCCGGCCGCCAUGCGCCUGGCCAAGCAGAAGAGCUGCACCCAGCUGCACCUGCUGCGUCGCCAAGGCCCGCCCUGGCCGGCGCCCUCUCUGCAUGCCGUGCCCUGCUGCCCACUGAAGAGCGAGGCAGACGUGGAUCGGGCUGUCCACCAGGUGCCUCUGCCCGGCGUCAUGAAGCUGGAGUUCGGAGCUGGCGCAGUGGGUGUGCGGCUUGUGGAGAACGCGCUGCAGUGCCACGAGCACUUCUCCCACAUUGCCCAUGACCUGCAGGGCGAGGCUGACCACCCGGGCAUUGGACUGGGCUGGGGCAAUGCAAUGCUGCUGAUGGAGUUCGUGGAGGGCACCGAGCAUGAUGUAGACCUGGUGCUAUUUGGCGGGCAGCUGUUGGCUGCUUUCGUCUCUGACAACGGCCCCACGCGGUUGCCUGGCUUUACUGAGACGGCGGCCUGCAUGCCCACUGGGCUGGCUCCCGAGCAGGAGGCACAGCUGGUGCAGGCAGCCUUCCGCUGCUGCCUGGGCUGUGGGCUGCUGGAUGGGGUCUUCAAUGUCGAGCUCAAGCUGACCGGGGCCGGGCCUCGGCUCAUCGAGAUCAACCCCCGCAUGGGCGGCUUCUACCUGAGGGACUGGAUCCUGGAGCUCUAUGGCGUGGAUCUGCUGCUGGCUGCCGCCAUGGUGGCCUGUGGCCUGCGGCCCGCCCUGCCUGCCCACCCUCGCGCCCGCGGCCACCUGGUGGGCGUCAUGUGCGUGGUGUCCCAGCACCUGCAGGCGCUAAGCUCCACUGCCAGCCGUGAGGCCCUGCAGGCCCUGCACGACCGGGGCGUGCUGCGCCUCAAUGUGCUCGAGGACGCCCUGGUGCCCGGCGAGUACGAGGAGCCCUACUGCAGUGUGGCCUGUGCUGGGCCCAGCCCGGCCGAGGCCCGUCUCCGCCUCCUGGGCCUCUGUCAGGGCCUGGGCAUCGACGGGCCCCACUACCCCGUCGCCCACUUCCUGUCCCACUUCAAAUAG